AUGUGUAUUCUAUAUGUGCAAGUUUCCGGUGAUGUGUGCGACCCCAUCUUUAAAAAGCUCCAUCUGGCUGAAUAGAAGGAAGUACCUUCAGCUUCCCCAGGAAAUGGGAAGAGGAAACCCGGUGGCUCCGACCCCGGUAUUAUUGCCAUGAAAUGACUUGCUGGAGAGAGAAAGAGAGAGAGAGAAUGAGGGUGUCUCUCAUUAGAAACAGAAACUUGUGAGGAAAUAAACGAGAAGUCCAGAGCAAAUGACACGUAAAAAACUUGACAAAGAUCUAUUCGCAGAAGAUGAUGCUUUUCCUCAGAGGCCUGAUUGCUUUGUCCUGCUGUUGGCUGUCCUCCUCAAUCACGCUGGACUCUGCUGGGAGGAAUGUGUGCCACAACCCCAGGGACCCCUCCACCCUGAUAUGCUGCACCGGCUGGGGUCAGGAUGGGAAAGAGUGCACAAUACCUCUGUGUGAGGGGCGGCAGGCAUGUCUAAAGAAUGAGCUCUGUGUGCAUCCCGGAGUGUGUCGCUGCCCAGCAGGCUACUAUGGCGCCCAUUGUAAAACACGUUGUCCUCCAGAGUUCUGGUCAUCAGACUGCCGUCAGGUGUGCCCAUGUCACCCACAUGGUCGUUGCCACCCUGUCACGGGCGAGUGCACCUGCAACCCCAACCGCUGGGGUCCUCUGUGCCAGUACCCCUGCAAAUGCACCCGCCAUGGAACCUGCCACCCUGUUUACGGAAACUGCACCUGCAAUGAGGGCUGGUGGACGUCAACUUGCGCCAAGCCGUGCCAGUGCGUCCCUGGAGGUUCUGUGGGUCCCGGCUGCGACCAGCUGACAGGCCGGUGUCAGUGCCACAGGGGUCACUGGGGGCUGAAAUGUCCCGCCACUUGCAACUGCUACCUCUCGGAGUGCAACCAGCGCACCGGUGUGUGCGAGUGCGAAACCGGCUGGUGGGGUCCCAGCUGUGACAGGCGAUGUAAUUGUGACCUCACACACAGUAACUGCGACACCGCGACUGGACAGUGCUUUUGCCACCCGGGUUACAUGGGCGACUACUGUAACUUGCUGUGUGAACCCGGAAAAUACGGAAGCUGGUGUACAAUGAGUUGUGGACACUGUAAAGGCAAGAAGACCUGCUCCUCCACUGAUGGUACCUGCGCCGCCUGUGAGACCGGCUGGAACGGGACACGAUGUGACCGCUUGUGUCUGUCUGGUUACUAUGGCAACGACUGCCAGGAGACGUGCCCGCGGUGCAGAAACAAUGAGACUUGUGAUCCAAAAACUGGGAAAUGUUGGCGAUGUGAUCCGGGAUGGACAGGACCCAGGUGUGAGAAGGCCUGUCCUAACAGGACAUAUGGAGACGCCUGCCGCUUCCUGUGCAGCCCCUGUUUCCACGGUAACUGCCAUCAUGUGACAGGAAAGUGCGUCUGUCAGCCAGGCUUUCAGGGAGAGAGUUGUAACAGCAGUUGCUCCGCCCUGCAGUUUGGCCUCAACUGUUCCUCCGCAUGUGACUGUGGUGAGGGCAUCUCCUGCCACCCGGUGACCGGUGUUUGCCCCAAUAGUGGUCGAGGUGCUCUCCUUGCAGGGCUGUUGGUUCCUUUGCUUGUGUUGCUCCUUGCUGUACUUUGCUGCUGUCUGUGUUGCGGAGGAGGUCCUGCUGAUGGAAAAGACAGAAGGACGGUGGCUGAUGGAGGACUGUCCGUGCGGAUGAAAUAUCACGUCUACAGCGUCCUGGCUAACAUUGGUGCCGCCCUUCCAUGCAUCUCAGAUUGGUCCUCUGGCCUCCCUCGUGUCACUGUGUCUCACCAUGACCCUGAGUUGACCUUCAACCACAGCUUCAUUGAGCCUCCCUCCUCCGGCUGGAUGACAGAGGGGUCUUCCUUUGAGAGUGAUGAGGAGGAUGGAGAGGCUCUUUACUGCGUCCCACCUAGGGAAGACAUCCCCGGAGUGGAGAGCAGCCACUUCCAGUUGAUGAGCUCCAAGUGCAACAUGCUCUUAGACCCAUCAGGCUUCAGCAGCGAGGACAUGGCCUCCCCCUUCAACAUCCCCCGCACUUCCAGCAUCGCCAAAUCCAAGCGUCCCUCUGUCUCUUUUGCAGAGGGCACCCGCUUCAGCCCCAAGGAGAGGCGUGGCUCGGCUCAAGACCCCGCCUCUCUAUCGGGACACCCUCGCAAAGCCAAGUCCGCCUGGGGGGGUUUGAUGGGUGAGGAGGACGUAGGUGAGGGUGAACUCGGGGAACAUGGAGUAGAUGUUCAAGUGACAGGCAAUCACGAUUUGAGCUGUGAGGUUGUCGAACAGGAAGAGGAUAGAAAGUCCGCUACACGCACUGCAUCAGGCCGAAGACGCACCAUGUCCAACACUGCGGCUCACAAAGUGACAGGGUCUGCUUCCGAUCAUCCAUCUGCAGGCUCUAACAAGGUCACCACAGUGUAUGUGACUGUGGGAAAAGCGGGUCGACCCACGUCCAAGGUGGAGGCGAGCUCAGAAGGCCCCGUUCAAGCCAUGCUGAGGCGACUUGGAAGCCUCCAGAGGCAUAGAGAGCAGGACCCUGGCAGAAGCAAACCAAAGGAAGGGGCAGAAGGGAUCUCUAAACCUCCCCGGAGGAAGCUCGGAGCUCGGAGGAGCGUGUGGGAGCAGGGCGGGCCUUCAGGAGAGGAGCUCUCCAUCAGUAAACCCGUAAGGAGGAAACAUUCCUCCAACAGUGUCCCUGACAUGGCAGCUCCUAACAACAUGCCGCCGUCAGAGAACAUCCCCCUCAAAAGACCACUGUCGUCCAUUUUGAAGAGCGUGCCGGAGGUGCUGUCAGCUGACAGAGGUCAGGGAGAUGACAACAGCAUGGGACAAACUUACUUGACUGUCAGCCCAGCAGGGGGCGCUGUGGCUCUCACAGAUGAAGGUGCAAUGGUGAGUGUGAAAGAUGAACCUUGUUAUGAAAACAUCAUGAUUUCACACUCACAAAUCACAUCAACCUCAUAAACAAUACUGUACUGUAAUACCAUGUAU